AUUCAAUUCAAUUUCCGUCCGUUGAACAUUUUGAAAAGUUUCCAUUUUGUAGUGCACACGAGAUACGGAGAUAUAUUAUUUAUAUUCUUUUCAUUUAAUUUGUUAAAUUAUAUAAAAUAAUCAUGUCCGAGAAAACUCACUCAUCACGUUUAUCUGCUUACAAAAAUGCUGGCCAAGGAACAACUGAUCUCCGUCGCAAGCGAGCUGAGCUCAGUGUGGCUCUCCGUAAGCAGGCCAGAGAUGAACAGCUCCUUAAGAGAAGGGCGCUGUCCCCUGAGGCAGGAGAGGAAGUUCAAGAGGAGGAGGUCAAAGUAUAUACUACUUCUGAGAUUGUUCAAGGUCUCCGCUCCAAAGACCUGCCAACAAUGACAGCGGCGGCGCGCGCUGCUCGUCGCAUGUUGUCUAAGGAGCAGAACCCCCCAAUAAGCACCAUGGUAGCUGCUGGAGUCAUUGGACCUUUAGUACAGGCCCUGGAGAGAGAUGAUUGUUCAGACCUCCAGUUCGAAGCAGCAUGGGCGCUCACUAACAUCGCUUCCGGUACUCAUGAGCAUACCAUGGCUGUUGUUGAUGGUGGUGCGAUUCCAAAACUAGUGGCCUUACUAGCGCGCGGUGGUGUUGUGGGUGAGCAGAGUGCGUGGGCACUAGGCAACAUUGCAGGCGACGGGCCACAAACCCGGGACUCCGUGCUGGCUCAUGGAGCGCUGGCUGUGCUACUGCCUCUCAUGACUUGUACUACACCUGCGAGCCAGCUCCGAACAGCUGUGUGGACUUAUAGUAAUUUUUGCAGGAACAAGAACCCGCUAGUAAAGUUUGAAUACGUGUCUCCUGCAUUACCGUAUAUAGCUGAUCUGCUCGAGAUCCCCGACCAAGAUGUCUUGGCGGAUGCGUGUUGGGCUCUCUCCUACCUAACGGACGGCCCCAACGAGCGCAUAGAGGCAGUACAAAUGACACCGCACCUACUACCUCGCAUAGUAAAACUACUGAACCAUACGUCGGCCGCCGUCAGGACGCCGGCGUUGAGAGCUAUAGGAAACAUGCUUACUGGGUCUGAUGAACAAACGGACCGCUGCCUAGAAGCAGGUUGUCUAACCCACAUAAUCACCCUGCUCCGCUGCGGUAAAGCCUCACUGAUGAAGGAAGCAGCCUGGGCAGUCAGCAACAUACUAGCGGGCACUCAGGCACAGAUACAGCGGGCAAUCCAACAAGGCGUUUUGGACCAUUUACUACAUGUCCUUACCAUUGAUGAUAUCAAAUGUCGCAAAGAAGCAGCUUGGGCGAUCACAAACCUCUGUCUAGGCGGAACUCCGGAACAGCUAGACGCUCUCCUCUCCGUUGGAUUCCUUGAGCCUUACUGCGCGUUGCUGUCCGCUCCUGAUCAUAGAGCCAUCUCCGUCGUCUUGGAUGGACUAACUAAUUUAUUACAGGCGGCAGUGAAAUAUGGUCAAGUGGAAGCUCUGUGCUUAAAACUGGAAGAGAUUGGCGCGUUGGAUCAAAUUGAAAACCUACAGCAGCAUGAAAAUGAACAGAUAUACAAAAAAGUACUGCACAUUCUUGAUACAUAUUUCGCUGAACAAGAGGAUCCUAACGCACAGCCGACACAGACAGAGGAGGAAUACCAAUUUGGGACCACAGGAGGGCAAAAUAUCAACUUCUAAUACCCCUAUGUUAUUUAUUCUUGUAUUUAAGAUUCAUAAUUAAAA